GAAUAUCCUCCUCGUCGUCCUAUCGAUACGUGGCGUGGUUUGGGCUUCAAAAUGGGCAACGUUCGCAUACAGAUGAAGUCGACGCAUUUCUGCAACCUCGCCCUGAGGGACAUCAAGGGGAACGCAGUGUCAUGUCACACCUCCAAGGCUAUGGAGACUAAAGGGCUGGUCCUACCUGGUAUGGAUGAUAACAAGUCGUUCACCGUUCAUCGAGACAUCUUCGUCGUCAAGGACGGUCAAGCGGUAGUUCAAGCAGCGCCAAAUCACCCGUAUCUGUAUAUCCUCAUGAGCCAGAACGACACUCACUUCAGCACCUCUCAACUCUUCGAUAAACAGUCCUUCCCCGUAGAGGAGGGAACCAGGCGAAAGAAUGAUACGCCCAAUUCUCGCAGGCUCAAUGCCAAUCUUACGCUUGAGGAUGAUGGUUGGGUCUAUAAAGGUUUGGUAGAUGAAGGUGGACAGAAGCUGAACAAAUGGGUCACAAGUGGAGUAGAAGGUGUCGAUCCCAAAUCGGGUCUCAACUUCACUGCCCUCGCUCAGACUGGUGUGAUCACUAACGCUUGGGUUCUCUAUCUUGACAAGGAUCACAAACAGAUUGUGAAGCUCUUGGGAAUUAACACCUUCGAGAAUGAUACAGUCUAUCUCGAGUCCAACGUCACCCAUUGGGAAGAGCUCGACGAGGCAUUAACUUUGGACGUUGCCAUGAAGGAUAUUUACCAGGCGUAUGAUAUCUUCCAGAGCCACAACCGGGCACCAGCGAAGGAUGAGGCUCCGGAACUGGACGCUGACUUCGUCAGGACUCGUUUGGUUAGCGAAGAGGCUCGUCUAUUCUUCAACGAUGGGAAGAGCCACGACUGGAGGCCGAACAAGACACACAUUCGUGGAGAUAAGUCGGGAGCACCGAUCGAUUACUUCCGCCUCCCCAAUGGCACUGCUGCACAUAAGUUCUUCUUGUACAAGCAUCACUCUCCUGUACAAGGGCAGGAGGAAUUCGAAUUACCACCGGCUUGCAGGAGCGGUGUGGUUAAGUCGGUCAGUCCAUACUGCCUGUAUGUUGGUUACGCCUCUAACGACACGCUUUUGGCCCUCGACCUAUAUAUGGCUUAUAAAGAUGUAGCCAUCGAGGAAAAUGAAGCAUACCUCAAUGUCACAGUCCAUUUGAAGCAGCCGGAGACGGAGGUCCUACACUUUGCUUUCGAAGCCGCUGGAUGCGCCCUGGUUUGGGCUACUGAUGUUGGGUUCGCAGGCUUGCGCAUUCAAGUAUGUCUUUUGGGUGCAGGAAGCGGUGGGAAUGGCACUUACGGGGGAAAAAUAGCAAUGUCGGUCUCGGUCAUAAUCGAUAUUGCUUUCUUUCCUGCAUUGAAAGUCACACUCCAUGGCCAAGUUGCGGUCAAUGCUUCGGACAAUGGUGAUGUCAAAGCAUAUGGUGAACUGGGCAUUGAUUACUCGGCGUUAGGUGUCGGAGCCGGUAUUUCUGUGGACAUCUUCGGAAACACCGUUGAUCAUAAAUCGGAUGUCUGGGAAUUCAAAUCCCACUUCAACCUCCACGUAUGGGUCUCUGUUCUCUUCUACAAACAUGACUGGCCAUGGAGUUGGACUAUUUGGGAAGCUGGUCCAGUUGAAUUGCGAUAAGUCGGCAAACCCGUGUUGACGGUAUAUCGGGGGCAUAGUUUCAGUCCCAUGUGAAAGCAGCAUGAUUAUCUCAUAUAAUAAAAUAUUACGCCUUUAUCAUGUCUUGAACUUUUCAAAAAUAACUGAGCAUACGUAGGCUCGUGGAGUGGCGGUCAUCAGCAGAUGAGUGGCGCAUCACGAGCCAAAUCUGAUUCCACUUUCGUUGUUCUAGCUGAUGCGCUACGCUGCCAGCGGAUGAUCCGCUACGAUCCCGUAGCUUAGCGCUCAGGAAUCUCAUUUAAGAAGUUAAUCGACUCUUUUC